GCCGUAUCCAGGAAGUCGUCUGUGGUUGUCAAGCAAACUUUUGCGUGUAAGCAAAGUGCUCUGUCUGUAAAAUGCGUGAUGUUUUUAGUCUGCAGUUUCCUGCAACAGGGAGCCGUGAGAGAUGAGUUGCUGUCGUGUGUCUGUGCCCCGGGAGGUCCGGCCCGGCACAGCACGGGUCCUCGUGACUGAGCUGAGUGGAUCGGGCCACAUCAACCCGACCCCUGCCACGAAACCGCGUGAGGACUAUAAAACGGCAGUGGAGCUUUACCUCUCUCAAGAAAAGCUGGAAUCGCUGUGUGGAACUCGGGAUCUCUCUCACGUGACCUCGCUGGAGAUCUGCGUAGACACGCAAGAAAACACACUGGGUAACUUUGGUGCCUACUUGCCCAAGCUGGUGAAUCUCAAAAUGAACAACAGCACCAUAAUGUCAGUAAGAGACCUGGGAACCACCCUCUGCCACCUGCAGGUACUGUGGAUGUCUCGCUGCUCCCUCCAAGACCUAGAUGGCAUUUGUACUUUCACUUCCCUCAAGGAGUUGUACAUGGCCUAUAACAAUGUGUCAGACCUGAGUCAGGUUGGCAUGCUAGAGAACGUGCAGCUGUUAGAUCUGGAAGGCAAUGAUGUGGAUGACCUAGUCCAGAUCCAGUAUCUGGGGUUGUGUGGCAAACUCCAGACACUCACCCUGGAAGGAAACCCUGUGUGUGCUCAACCAAACCCCACUGCAAUCCAGACGGCAGACUAUAGUUAUCGAACUGCAGUGAGGGAGUUGGUCCCUCAGCUGCGUUACCUAGACGAUUUAAGGGUGGAGGAUGAUGGGCUGAGCUCCAGCACCACCAUGGGAGAGGACUGGGCCAUUCUCCGAAACUCCAUCAGAGACUGCAACUCCUCUCAGGCAGCUACUGAAGACGAGGAUACAGCAGACAGUGCAUGUCCUUACAGCCGACCUGGCUCAGCCAGGCGCCCUUCUUCCAGCCGCUCCUGCAUCUGGCCCCUCUCGUCAGCGGGCUCCAGACUCAUGUCAGCGUCCAGGCCUGGAUUUCUCUCCCCUCCUGGAUCUAGACCUGGUUCUGCAGACUCAGAUCUGGCAUCAGUAGAAGCAGAAAGUAGCCUCCUUACGCACGGAGCUGGCAAGAUUGUCUUCUGUGGAAACCCAGUCCAGGCUAUUCGAGCAAGGCGAGAAAAGUUGAGGACUGCACCUACCAGAUCUACUUUCACCCACCGUGACCUUCCCAUCCAUAUACCAGAACACACGUACGACCUUGAGGAGACUGAUGUUAGAGAACGCGUUGAUGUUUUUGCGGAGCUUAGAGCUUGGAGGGAGCAGCACCGCAGCCGUCUCCAGGCCAUAGAGACAGAAAGAUUACCACAGGUCCUGGCUAUUUGUCACAGUGAUGAAGAAGAGGGGGGAGAUGAUGACGAAGAAGACGGCUUUCGUGGUGAAAGGAAGCACAGUAGUAAUGAAGAACAUGGAGCGGAGAAGCCAGCCCUGCAUCACAGAGAAGCCUUAUCCCCUGUGGUGGCUGGGCUCUCCCUGUCCCCAGACGCCACACUGUCCCCUUCUCCCCCUUGCAGAACCACACUAACAACUGGAAGUCACAAGCCACCAGGGCUGCGUGCGCGCAGGCUUCGACUCAGCCAGACCAACUCAGAACAAUUAUCUGAUCUCAGCAGAGUAGGGCGCUCUCCUGGGACAACUGCUGGACCCUCUGGAGUUUCAGGUCUGUGUCUCCAGCAGUUGACUACGACCGACGAGCCUCUUUUGUUCCAGCCUGCAUACAUACCCCGCCCACCUCCAGCAAGUGCCCUUUGUGAAGGGCUCAUGUGUUCAAGUGCAAAGAUGGACUUAUCCAGUAAACAAUCUGGCAGCAAGCAUCUUCAAAUCCCUCAGAUGCCCAAACUCCUGGACAGACCAGCGAUUACCCGUCCUCACACAGCCAGGGCAGCUCUACAGAAACAUCUCCAGCAACACACAAACCAGCCCUGCAGAGGGAGCUCACACCCAGACUGACACCCCAGUGGUCAGAUGUGUGGCUGUUUGGCUGUUUGGCUGUUUGCCUAUCUGUAUGACCAGUGUGACAUUCUCUUCAGAACAGAGUGAUCGCAUGAAGGCCAUUGAGGGGCGUUCCUGUUGUUGGAUCACUCACAGCAAACUUUGAGAUGGGUUGGCAUUACUGGUAUUUGGCCAUAUGAUGUUCUCUUUCUCUGUCUUUUUUUUAAUGAAGAUCUAUAAGAUAUAGAAAGCAUUCUCAGAAAUAUCGGGACUGACCAACACACCAACAUCCAAUAAACUCGCAGUGCUUUAACAUGGAGUAAUACUGAGAUACUAUAUUGAGAUUGUCCCUAAUGCUACUGAGUUGGUGGUUUUCUGGUGGCUGCUUUAGCUGGAUGAAAAAUAAAGGAGAUGUGACUAAUA